CAUUCCUCUGGUUCUGAUUCAGAAAUGGAUACUCAUUUUAAUUUCUCAGUUCUCUUUCUCACUUCCUUAUUCAUGCUUUUGCUUCUAAAGCUGGUAACUAAAUCCAGGGCCAAACCAGUUUCAAAACUUCCUCCAGGGCCAUGGAAACUACCCUUCAUAGGAAACAUUCAUCAGCUUAUUGGCUCUCUGCCACACCGUGUCCUAAGAGACUUGUCCAAGAAGUAUGGACCCCUGAUGCUGCUUCAGGUUGGUGAAAUUCCCACCCUUGUUGUUUCCUCUCCAGAAAUGGCGAAAGAAAUAAUGAAAACACACGAUGUCGAAUUUGCCUCUAGGCCACAAAUUAUUGCUACAGAAAUCCUGUCUUACAACUCCACCAGCAUUGCGUUUGCUCCAUAUGGAGAGUAUUGGAGGCAGCUUCGCAAAAUCUGCACAAUUGAGCUUUUAAGUUCUCGCCGUGUUCAAUGCUUUCGAUAUUUAAGGGAGGAAGAAACUUCCAAUUUGGUCAGAUGGAUAGCAAAACAAGAUGCUUUGGUUUCUAUAGUCGGGGAAGGUAUUAAAAUAGCAGCAGCCUUCAACAUUGCUGAUAUUUUCCCUUCCAUAAAGUUGUUUCAUUUGAUCAGUGGCGUGAAGACCAAACUAGAGAGGUUUCGCGAAAAAGUAGACAGUAUUUUCGAUACCAUUAUCGAUGAGCACAGGGUAAACCAAGCCCCGAAAACUGAUGAGCCUGAAGCUACAUCAGAUCUUGUAGAUGUUCUAUUGAAGUAUCAUCAGGAGGAUGAAAAGCUUGAAUUCUCCCUCACUUCGGACAACCUUAAAGCCGUACUCCUGGACAUUUUUACUGCUGGAAGCGAAACAUCAGCCUCGACGGUAGAUUGGGCAAUGGCUGAGAUGAUCAGGAAUCCAGCAAUCAUGAACAGGGCACAAGAAGAAGUAAGGGAAGUUUUCAGGAGUAAAGGAUAUGUUGAUGAAGAUGGUCUUGAUGAACUCAAGUAUCUAAAAUCAGUCAUAAAGGAGACAUUGAGGCUACAUCCAGCAGUGCCUUUAUUAAUUCCAAGACAGAACAACGAGAAAUGUGAGGUUAAUGGAUAUGAGAUACAAGCCAAAACAAGAGUUUUAGUGAAUGCAUGGGCAAUUAAUCGAUACCCUACAUAUUGGAAAAAUCCAGAAACAUUUCAGCCAGAAAGAUUCCUGGAUAGCUCAACUGACUACAAGGGAACACACUUUGAGUAUAUCCCGUUUGGCGCCGGGAGAAGAAUAUGUCCAGGGAUGCAGUUUGGCGUUGCAAAUGUUGAGCUCCCAUUGGCAAAGUUUCUGUAUCAUUUUGAUUGGAUUUUGCCAAUGAAGUUGGAAGAGUUGAGCCUGCAAGAAGCCUAUGGGAUCACAGCAAGGCGGAAAGAAGAUUUAUAUGUAAUUCCUGUUAUCAGGAAUCCUCUUCCUGCUAAAUGAUCCUUGCUCCCUUUUCCAUGUUAUCAACAUCUUAUACCCCC